GGCCUGCCCAUAGUCUGAGCCCCGACCGCUUGUUCCCUCAUCGUCUUCUACAACAACAACAACAACAACCCAUCCUCAAAAUGGCUGACGACUCCCGCACCGAAACAUCUUCCCAGCUGUCCUCGCCUGGGGACCAUGGAUCUGUCGACUCCGGCUUCGCUUCGCCAAGCGCAUCCACUGUCAGCCUGCCCCGGAUAUCCCUCACCCAACCGCACAUCAAGCAUCUCAACAAGCAACUCGAGGCUCUCCACCCCAUGGACGUCCUCCGGUUCUGCAAGAUCUUCUUCCCCAACCUCUACCAGUCGACGGCGUUCGGCCUGACGGGGCUCGUCACCGUGGACAUGCUGUCCAAGCUGGACGCCGAGUCGACCAACCCGCAGCCGAUCGACCUCGUUUUCCUCGACACGCUCUACCACUUCCAGGAAACCUAUGACCUCGUCGAGCGCGUCAAGGAGCGCUACAACGUCCACGUGCACGUCUUCAAGCCGGCGGACGUCGACAACGUGACCGAGUUCGAGGCCCUGUACGGCGAGAAGCUGUACGACAUGUCGUCGGAGCUGUACGACUGGAUCGCCAAGGUGGAACCGCUGCAGCGGGCCUACUCGGAACUCAAGGUGGCGGCCGUGCUGACGGGCCGGCGCCGGUCCCAAGGCGGGCAGCGCGGCGACAUCAAAGUCAUCGAGCUGGACGACGAGCGUGGUGUUAUCAAGAUCAACCCGCUCGCCAACUGGUCUUUUGCCGAGGUCAAGGCGUACGUCGACGAGCACAAGGUGCCGUACAACGCCCUCCUCGACCGCGGGUACAAGUCCAUCGGCGACUGGCACUCGACCGUCCCCGUCGGCGAGGGAGAGGACGAGCGCGCCGGCCGCUGGAAGGGCCAGGAAAAGACCGAGUGCGGCAUCCACAACAAGCAGAGCCGCUAUGCCCAGUGGCUCGAGAACGCCGCGCGGCAGCAGGCUCAAGAGGUUUCGGCCUAGAUAUCGAACGGGAAACACAUCGGGGGUUCCUGUGACGAAGAAUGAGGCGUUAGCCGUGGUUUCAUUAUGAAGGUGACGAGAUUGGAAGGGUCACACAUACAUUUCACAAACAUUAUGACGGGCAUUACAGAGGCGUUUUUGGGGAAUAGCUCGG